AUGUCGGACCGCUAUGGCCGCCGCACCGCGCUGCUCGCGAGCAUGAUGGGAAACGUCAUCUCCGUCCUACUGUGGGUGAUGGCCGUCGACUUCCGCACAUUUUUGCUCUCCCGUGUCGUUGGUGGCCUGUCCGAGGGCAACGUGCAACUUGCCAUGGCCAUCGCCACCGACAUUUCUGACGAUUCGACCCGCGGUUCCACCAUGGCCCUGAUUGGUGUCUGUUUUUCGGUCGCCUUCACCUUUGGCCCGGCCCUGGGCGCUUGGUUGAGCACCAUUACAAUGUUCAAGACAAACCCUUUCGCUGCCGCUGCAGGCUUCUCUCUGUUUCUCAUCGUGGCCGAGACAAUCUACCUCUACCUAUAUCUACCCGAAACGCUUCCGACCAGUGCCAGCACCGAGACGGUGACCGAGGGAGUCGAGGAAACCAAGGAAACCAAGGAAACCAAGGAAACAAAAACCACCAAGAUGCUAGGGCCCGGCAAUGCAGCGUCUGGAUCUGUCCUAAUUCACGACCGAACUAACUCGCACUUCAUGCUCAACGCCGUGCAUUUUGUCUUCCUCCUCUUCUUCUCUGGUAUGGAGUUCUCACUCCCUUUUAUGACUUACGACCUCUUUGGCUACACCUCUGCCAAGAACGGGAGACUGCUCGGCUUUGUCGGCCUUGUCGCGUCCAUUCUGCAGGGUGGCGUGACCCGCCGCCUUCCACCCCUCGCUUCGGUGCGUAUUGGCAUUGUUGCGUGUCAAAUUGCAUUCUUAUUGCUUGGCAGCCUUUCUACGGUAGGAAAUCUCUACCUGGCUGCUGCGUGUCUUGCAACCACAUCAGCCACUGUUGUCACCGGCCUCAACGCCCUGAGCAGCUUUGAAGCGCACUCGGGUGAGCGCGGCGGGAAACUUGGUAUUCUCCGUUCGUGGGGCCAAGUUGGGCGUGGUCUGGGCCCUGUUCUGUUUACCAGCAUCUACUGGUGGGCGGGCCGGGAAGUUGCCUAUGGCGCGGGCGCCAUCGGUAUGUCGGCUGUUCUUCUCUUGUCCGUCUUCGGUCUCAAAUCACCCCCGCGUGCUACCAAGGCAAAAGCGAAAACGCAGUAA